CCCCAGUACGGGACAAAAGACACUUACAAGGGUACUUCCACAGUCAACAUGAACGCUAAGGUAAUCAUCGUAGUCCUUGGCCUUGCAGCCAUGGUAGCUGCCGACAGCAGGGAAUCCUUCGAAUACGCCCCACGAAGGGGAUCCUCCGAGGAGUCCUACGAAUCCAGCGAAGCUAAAUACAGCUUCAACUGGGCCGUCGACCACGACCCUUCCAGCAACGAAUUCGGACACCAGGAAACCCGUGACGGAGACGACACUCAGGGAUCCUACUACGUCGAGCUCCCCGACGGUCGCCUUCAGACUGUCAAGUAUUUCGUCGACGGAGACUCAGGCUACGUAGCUGAGGUCAACUACGAAGGAAGCGCCUCAGCCGAGUCAGGCUCCGCUGAGUCCUUCGAGAGGCCCAGAUACCGCUACGACUCCAACGAGUCCAAAUAGAUUCCUUAAUCCAUUUGCGAUCUCAACUUUCAACAUGGCAACACUUUGAUUAUUUAUUAUCUUUAUUUAUUUUCAAAUAUAUUAUCAGCAUGGAA